AUGCUGACAUCAAACAUCUACUACGUCAAGGUGAUCGGAACGGUCAAGUCGAACGAAAGUCCCCCACCACAGAGUGACCAGAUGACCAACGGGCACGGUGGUCGGACUGAUGCUGAGCGAACAAUUGAUUGGCAUUUCGAGUUCAAAGACAUUCCCGACGCAGGUACUGGUCAGCAAACGGUCAAUGGACGGCUGCUCUACCGCUUCGGCAUCGAGGGUAGCGACAUGCUCACAUUCAUGAAGCAGCUUGGCUAUGACUACGUCAGUCGUCACGUUCUGAAAGGACAUACAUUCUUCAGGGACUUCGCAACAUUGUCCUUGCACCGUGUCUAUCGUGAGACAAGCACGGAUCCUACGAAGCCGUUCGACUGGUCUUUCAUGGCACAGGAAGACUCCUUGGAGCUGAUUGAUAAAAGCGGCGCCUAUUUGUGCAUUGCGUCGAUCGAUGCAGAAGACGACAAUGUCAGCGCAAAUAAGGAUCUGGCAACGUCGAAGCUGGUGGAAUUGAGAGACCUACUGAAGCCUGUGAUGACUCUGGCGCCAGUCGAUCGUCUUGCGCUAGAUACAAGAGCACCAAGCAAGUGA